CAUUUUAAUUUUUAUAUUUGCUUCGAUUAAAAAAAACUGCACGUUUUACAAUCCAUCGUUUAUAUUCGGUAUUUCUGUGCAAUGAACACUAUAUGUACUUGAUUCAGAGAGAAUUUUUCAUAAGUACAUGAUUCUCUGGAAUUUUUAUCACAUUGUGAAAAUCUACCCGAUAACGUUUUAAUUUUUUUUUUUUAAGUCACGCUCGCCUAUAAAUAAGUACGAGUAUUUUUAACAAAAUAAAACCCGUGCUUCGCUAGGACUGCUGUUAAAUGGACAAGGUCAACUAAAUCGUGAUCUACCUCGAAUAAAAAUAGAAAUGUGUGCAAGAUGACAUUCUUAAAGCUGAAAAUUUAUGUAAAAUAAUAAUGUGAAGCAACUGACUGAACACCUGGCUUAUCUUAUUUUCUGGUUUUAGGUUACCACGAUCUUCCAGAAAGUAAAGGAACAAUGAGAAGACUAAUAUCUUUUGUUGCACUGAUAAUGUACUGGUACCAACCUGUUCAAUGUCAACCACGUCCUGAAUGUGCUCCUGAUAAUCCUAAUCGACCCCCAGACUGCCCAGUAUGUCCACGAGAGGGGUGCCGGUCCUCUACGAUGGAUAUAGCUACACUUAUUCCUAUAGAGGAUGUUACAUCUACCUCAACAGAUAAAACACAAUUCAGUGGAUUGACAACAGAAGAGAUUUCAAAAUUUUCAGCAAGUUCGGAGUACGGAGCGUCAGUCCGAGUUCACACUGAUGACCCAAGAGUAUUUUUCAUUUCGGCGAGUGGACUUCCUGAUCAUGAAACACAGAGAGUCAAUCCAAACACACCCACAGCUCAGAACUACAAUAUAACAAUUCUGAAAAAUCCCCAGAUUGAACAAGUACCCGGAUGUGUUGGGCUGGGAAUGAUUGGAAUUACACGAACUGGUGUCGCCAUCUACAAUCCACUGGCAGGGGAGUUAACAAAUGCUGUGGAGGGAUCCAAUCCCGAAACGUUCGAUCAAUGUGAUGGACACGCAAGUCCAAAUGGUGCUUAUCAUUACCAUAAAAUACCCGAUAGUUGUAUGUAUAAAGGGGAAAUUGACGAAUUCAUUGGAGUGGCGCUUGAUGGCUUUCCUAUCUAUGGACCGAGGGUUGGACAGUCAAAGAACAUUUCCGAAGCUGAAUUGGAUAAGUGCCAUGGAAAAUUUGUCAAUGGGAGUUACAGAUAUUAUGUUACAGAGAAGUUUCCAUAUUAUUUGGGUUGUUUCAAAGGACGUGUUGUUAAUCAAGGGACAAUAACUUCUAACAAUUGUACCACAGACACAUCACACUGGAACAUGGAAAGCUAUGGAUACGACUACUAUCUUUGUCACUGUGUGAACUCGGGCCCCGGUGGUGGAGGCGGAGGACCUCGCCCGGAAUGUGCUCCAGAAAACCCUGACAGACCCCCAGACUGCCCGCAGUGUCCUCCCGAGGGAUGCAGAUCAACAACAAUGGACACGGCUACCCAUCCGCCAAUGGAAAAUGUCACCACUUCUAACUCUACCGGAGCUAUGCAAUUACAUGGACUAAAAAGAGAAGAAAUCGCAAAAUUCACAGCAAGUUCAACGUAUGGGGCAUCUGUUAGAGUUCACACCAAUGACUCGAAAGUAUUUUUCAUUUCGGCGAGUGGACUUCCUGAUCAUGAAACACAGAGAGUCAAUCCAAACACACCCACAGCUCAGAACUACAAUAUAACAAUUCUGAAAAAUCCCCAAAUUGAACAAGUACCUGGAUGUGUCGGGCUGGGAAUGAUUGGGAUUACACGAACUGGUGUCGCCAUCUACAAUCCACUGGCAGGGGAGUUAACAAAUGCUGUGGAGGGAUCCAGUCCCGAAACAUUCGAUCAAUGUGAUGGACACGCAAGUCCAAAUGGUGCUUAUCAUUACCAUAAAAUACCCGACAGUUGUAUGUAUAAAGGGGAAAUUGACGAAUUCAUUGGAGUGGCGCUUGAUGGCUUUCCUAUCUAUGGACCGAGGGUUGGACAGACCAAGAACAUUUCCGAAGCUGAAUUGGACAAGUGUCAUGGAAAAUUUGUCAAUGGGAGUUACAGAUAUUAUGUUACAGAGAGAUUUCCAUAUUAUUUGGGUUGUUUCAAAGGACGUGUUGUUAAUCAAGGAACUAUUACUUCUUACAAUUGUACCACAAAUACAUCACACUGGAACAUGGAAAGCUAUGGAUACGACUACUAUCUCUGUCACUGUGUAAACUCGGGCCCCGGUGGUGGAGGCGGAGGACCUCGCCCGGAAUGUGCUCCAGAAAACCCUGACAGACCCCCAGACUGCCCGCAAUGUCCCCCAGGUGGAUGCAGAGUCACAACUCCACCAGCUUCGAUGUCCACCACAAACAGCGUAGGCCGUCCCAAUGUUGUUGACGGACACAGUGCAGCUGGCCGAACAGUGGCCGAAAAUUUAUCCCUAUUAUCCCUGUUUUCUAUACCUUUAUUUUUUAAAUUAUAUUUUUGAUGUGCAAGA